UUGAAAAUAGCAUCAAAGGCUGAAUUAGCUUGUGUUUACUCCGCUCUCAUCUUGGUUGAUGAUGAUGUCGCCGUUACUGGUGAAAAGAUCUCCACUAUUCUUAAAGCCACUGCCGUUGAUAUAGAGCCGUAUUGGCCAGGCUUAUUCGCAAAGGCUUUGGAAGGUAUAAAUGUGCGUGACCUCAUCACAAACAUCGGAUCUGUAGUUGGAGCUGCCCCUGCGGAUGAUAUGGGCUUCGGUCUCUUUGACUAA